GUCAUUAUGAGAUUCAAGAAAUUAAAAAAAAGUACAUUGACCCACCAAAAUAUUAUUUGGUGCCCGUAAAAGUAAUCUAGAUUCCUAAGCAUAUAAACUCUUGAUUGAUUAGUGUUUAAAGCAUAAGUUCUCCAAAAAGAUUUGAGAGAAGUGUUGAAUUUGGCGUUGAAAAAAUGGAAAAGAUAGAGCACAAGACAGUGAGCGUGAAUGGCAUUGAUAUGCACGUAGCUGAGUUAGGCCAAGGCCCUAUGAUCUUGUUCCUUCAUGGCUUUCCUGAACUCUGGUACACUUGGCGCCACCAGAUGGUCUACAUGGCGGCUCAGGGAUACCGAGCAGUGGCGCCUGAUCUACGUGGCUUUGGAGACACUACGGGAGCAGCUGUGAGUGAUCCUUCCAAGUUUACGAUGCUCCACUUGGUUGGAGAUGUGGUGGCAUUAGUGGAGGCUGUGGCAGGAGCAGGGGAGCAGAAGGUGUUUGUGGUUGGCCAUGAUUGGGGUGCUGUUGUGGCAUGGAACUUUGCUAUGUUUAGGCCUGAUAAGAUUAAGGCCUUGGUGAAUAUGAGUGUUGUGUAUACGCCAAGGAACCCGAAGGUUAAGCCUGUUGAUGGUCUGCGUGCUGUUUAUGGAGAUGAUUACUAUAUCUGCAGAAUUCAGGAACAAGGAGAAAUAGAAGCUGAAUUUUCCAAACUAGGAACCAAAAGUGUUUUGAAGCAUUUUUUGACAUACCGUAACCCCGGGCCUCUUUAUUUGCCUAAAGGUAAAGGGUUUGGAGAUGAUAGCAAUGAUCCAAUCGUUUUGCCAUCCUGGUUAUCGGAAGAAGAUGUUGAUUUUUAUGCCACCAAGUAUGAGCAAACUGGCUUUACCGGAGGAUUCAACUACUAUCGCGCCUUAAAUGCAAGCUGGGAACUAAGUGCUGCAUGGACUAAAGAUCAAAUAAAGGUCCCCGUAAAGUUCAUCGUGGGUGAUCUUGACCUGACUUACAAUGCACCAGGGACCAAGGACUACAUACACAAGGGAGGUCUGAAGAAAGUUGUACCCUUGUUGCAGGAAGUGGUUGUUUUGAAAGACGUAGCUCAUUUCAUCCACGAAGAAAAACCCGAUGAGAUCAACAAACACAUCCAUGGCUUCUUCAAGAAGUUCUCAACAGGUUCCUCAUGUUCUGCAUUGUAAAAUCAAUUUGUUCUAUCUGGCUCUGUUUAUGUAAAUAAAAGUUUCACUGGUAUGAAUGUGUGAUCAGUUCUUGAAUUAUUUGAUACAUCAGUAAUAAUUGGACAAAAGAAUAAUCCAGUCAACAAUAAUUCUGGGUGAAGGAUGGGACUAUCUCUCAGUCCAUUUAUUUUCUUGUUACAA